GGGAUGUCGAGGAUUUGCUUGUGGUGCAAGUAGAAGUAUAACGAACGUGAAAAGCGUUAGUGAAAAGGGGCGCUUGAUCGCGGAAAGCGUGCGCGUACGUGCCUCAGCUGCGUCAUCUGAUUAUUCAUUUCAUUUCCACAUUCUGAAGGACUGACGAUCGCACAGUCGACGGGAUCAAAAAUCGAGUGCGCGAUCCGGGCGGGUUACUUUGUUAACGAGUUUUUGACAGGUCGUUUCUCAAGAAAGGUCAUCCACUGAUAAGCUCCCCGUUGUUUCGUCGGUUGCUGUGCGGCGCAGGCAUUGUUUGCACCGAAAACUUCCAACAACAAUAUUUCCUUGUUACCGGGAACGGAUGACGCAUGGAGGGGCAAACAUUUUCCAUCGAAAACCCCUUUCGUGGAGUGGCUAAAACGGACAGCUAGCCAAGCUUGGCUCGGGACCGGCGGCUACUUUGUCGCAAACAGGAAGCAAAACUGCCAUUUAUACGAAUGAUAACAACGUGCUGUGGGGGUGAUACAAAGGAUUUCAGUGAUACCGUGGUGCACGCCGCCCAUCGCGUGUUAUCUUCUUUGUAUGCAAAAAUACCUUCCCAGCGGAAUGAAACGCGGCGGGAUUACCAGGAAUUGCCUGUGCAUUUGAAAGUGCUGUGAAUUUGCUGCAACUGUUUGCAUUUGGAACUUCUAGCCUGUGUUUGUAUGUGUUCGGCCGUCGGUUGAAUUUGUUGGUGGUCAAGGCGAAUGCCACUGCAGCUUCCAGAUCUAUGAUACCGCAUGUAGUGUGUAGCAGCUUGUUGGAUAACCGUGAUUUAUUACCGACAAUUUAGUACCAUCUUACCCGUUGCGCUGCGCACUCCCGAUUUCCGAUACUAGACGAGGAUAUCCUGCAUUUCUUCCUAUGAUUAUCCCACAUUUGGAAACAUAAUCCUUCCCACCCCGCGGACCCCCCUACGAUGAGUCUCGAAACGAUGAAUGAUCUGAUGAAAAAGUACAAAAACUGGAAAUCGUAUGUUAAGUUUGUAAAGUUGGUUUCGGACGCCGGAAUGGAAGAUGAAACGAUGUUUGGCGAGAAGCAAUCGAUACGGGACUCGGCCCGGUCGCUCAAGAAGUACGGCAGCAUAUCCGGCGGAAGUCGCAGCCCGGCCGCCCUGCAGUCCUCCGAUGCCCUCAUCAGGCACGACGUCGAGCGAACCGAUACACUGCAGGGGCUCAGUUUGAAAUAUGGGUGCAGUAUGGAACAAAUCAGGCGAGUUAACAGGCUACUCCCGACGGACACCAUCUUUCUACGACCAUUCCUCAUGAUACCGGUCGCCAAGGAGUCCCCUUUCUACCCGAAAGAUCCCGAAGCAAUCAUUCGUCCAAACACGCUCGCUGCUCGAGCGGCGACCAGCGCCAUUCCCGGUGGUGCCGCCGGCAGCUCCCAUGGAACCAGCAAUAACAACAACAACAAUAACAACAACAACCAUAGUCUUAGCAGCUCGGAAGACAACGGAUAUCCGUCGCACGAAGACUCGCCACUGGUUUCGCCGGAGGAGGAAAGUCGCAAAAAUCUGGAAGAUUUCCUCGGUAAAAUUGACAGCUCGAUCGCCAGCACGCGCAAGUGCAUUGCCGAGGUGCAGCGAAACAGCGACUUCGUGACGAGCAGUCAGAGCGACGACAAUCUGUUCUUCUCGUCCGCGUCCGGAGCGGCCAGUGGGAGCGGUAGUAGCAGCGGUUACUAUUCGAAACCCCGUGCCUACUCGAACGCGUCGUCGUCAUCGUCGAUCUCGUCGUAUCAGCAGUACCACUAUCAUCUUCCGGGUGGACCCAGCGGGGCACAGGCUUACGGAGUAGGUGGUAGUGGGACCGCAAAUCACCACCACCAGCACCACAAGCGGCAGAGUUCCUCCGGCAGUGCGGCGUCCGAUACGAGUCAGCUGAUCGUGAUGACGCAAGGUAAGCGCGUACAAAGCUCCCUCCAGAAGCUGGAGCGCCAGCAGGAUGAGCUGUUUGAGUUGUAGCAUCGGCCACUGCCGGAAGCUACCUGCGAGAUUAACGAAGUGGAAGAGACCAUACAUCAUCACCAUCUAGGAGAGAAGGAAGUGGAUUACGGUGCUCACGGGGAAACACCCGUCAGCAGUGACGACGACGACGACGAGGACAACAACUUCUACUCAACCCUGAACCAUCGACAUGGUGUCACCGCAAACCAGGGCGAUUUCAUGUCACCGGAGAUGGAAUGCUUGAUCCAGCAUCAACCGGAUCCUGCUCAAGCAUCGGUCUUUUCUUCCUCGCGGCAGAAGAACAACUACCACCACCACAUCACCCAUCACAAUCACAAUCAGCGGCUGGUGCGACGCCGUCUACAUCACACGCUCCAUCGACACCUUCAAGCUUUCGGUACCGGGCUGAAAGGUAAGCUUGGCGAUUUAGUCGGUAUGCUGGUGCGCCGAGGGCAACGAUUAGCAGCAGUCGGGAAUUCACGAAGCCAUCGUCGUGCAUUGAUAUUGCCCCAGUCGUCAACAAUUCCGGUAGAAGCGAUGCAAGGUACAAACAAUUCCUAAUUGUGCAUCCGAUCAGUUAUAAGUCGUCGUAAAUGUAUUCUUCGAACAUCGAAACGCUUCGAACAACAAGAUAAAGGAUUAUUUUCACCACAACUGUGUCUGGUGUGGUGCUGAGGGA